CAAGAUGUCUGCGUCCACGGAAAACGUGGACGAGAAGAAAAUUAUUGCUUCUGUGCGUGCCGGCGCAAAUCUGACCCGUUCAAAGCCUUUGUUUUCGUACGACUCAAAGUUCCUGUUCUGCUGUGCUGAAUCAUUGGUGAAAGUUUACAGUACCAUUAGUGGAGAAUGUGUGCACAAUCUUAAAGGACACAAAAAUACAACUACAGGACUUGUCAUCAACUCUCAGAACAAACUUCAGUUAUUGUCAUGCUCAUUGGAUCAGACAGUGAUAUUCUGGGACUAUUCCGAUGGAGUUCUGCUUAAGAGGAUAAGAUUGCAGGGUCCACUCCAUGGGAUCUGGAUACGGCCCGGUGACCCUGACUUAGUGCAAGUCCUGAAGCAUUUCGGAAACUCAUAUUACCUAGAGCACUGUAACAUGUUAACCUCUAAUAAGGAUGAGUCCAAAAGUAUCAAAGACCUAUCUGGACUAUCCAGUGACCCUCGGAGCUCGGCCAUCGGCUGUAAGGGGAAGUACCUAGCUGCAGUUAAAGGAUGUUUUUUGUAUGUCAAAUCUACAAGUAAAUCAUCCAAAAUAAGGAGGUUCACCUUUCCCGACUUUACUUGUGUCGCCUGUCAUCCUACCGACUUCUGUAUCGCUACGGGAACCGGCAGUGGCAAGAUAAUCCUUUGGUGGAGUUUCCUAGGGGAUCAGAGCCAUGUUGUAAAGUCUACUCUCCACUGGCAUGCUCUGCCAGUACUGGAUUUGACCUUCACAGUAGAGGGUUCUUACCUCCUCAGUGGUGGACAUGAGUGUGUGUUAGUGAAAUGGCAGUACAACUCAGAAUACCGCGACUUCCGACCCCGUCUCGGGGCACCGCUAACUCACGUGGCCAUCUCCCCAGACAACUUGUUGUAUGCCACCAGCCAUGAUGACAAUGCGAUACAAUUGUUGACAAGCAACUUCUUAUUGACCCAAGUGUACCAAGGUCUCACCAAAACUAACCUGUCCGCCAAACAGACCUGUUUAUACCCAGCUGGACUGAACUUUGACCCCAGGUCCAAAGCUCUGGUUCUCAACGGUAAACCAGGGCACCUGCAGUUCUACUCUGUUCACAGUGAUAAACAGUUGUACAAUUUGGACAUUGUGCGUCAGAAUUAUAUUUCCUCCGAGAAUAUUCAGCGACCCCUAGAUGUGACGGAGGUAAUCCAAUCAGAAUUCAACAGCACAGGCGACUGGCUUGCUACAGUGGAGUACUGGAACAAUGGUGUUAUGACUCCCGAAAUGAGACUGAAAUUCUGGAAAUAUAACACAGAGACGCAAAGCUACACAUUAAACACCACAGUCGAAGUCCCACAUGAUAAAGUUAUCAAGUGUUUACGGUUCCGCCCCGACACCUUCACUGAUAACAACGAAGAUCCGAUGGUGGUCACAACAAGUGAGGAUGGCAAAUUCAAAAUCUGGUCUAACAUGGAUGACACCAACAUCUACAGGACCAACACAAGAUGGAACUGUGAUUCUGUGGGGUACUUCCAUGACAAGCCUGCUGGUAGGUGUGCCUUUACCGCUGAUGGAUCUCUGUUGGGGGUCGUGUUUGGAGCCAGCAUCACACUCUGGGAUCCGGACAACAACGUCUUGAGGGAAACCCUUAACAGUCAGCAGGGGACAGUACAGUUCAUUGAGUUUGGGAAAAAAUCCUGUAGUCACUAUCUGGCCACUACUACAGUGUCAAACGUGACGGUCUGGGACCUCAUCACCUGUGCAGUUGUCUGGAGUGCCAGUAUUGAGAGUACACAUUUGGUAGCUGACCCUCUCAGUGAUGUCAUGGCAGUGUUCGGGAAAAACAAGAGCCUGUUUGUGUUCAAGCCAUCUGACCCUAACUACCUGUAUUGCAACAAGAAUAUUCGUAAAGAUGCUGAAGGAGCAGUUUUCAUACCUCACCAAAAGAAGAGUUCUAAAAACGAAGGGGGACAACUCUCCUGGCAGUGUGAAUCUCAGUUGUACUGGAUGACAAAUAAACAGGAUCUGAUGACCCUGACUGUGGAGGAAGAUGAACCCACACACACACAGCUGAUACCUAUAAAGACAAACCUUCCCCAGACACCCUUCAGUGCCCUGCUGACUGCGGAACGGAAGAAGGGAUUUCAGCCAUCUGCCUACAGAGAACUAGAGAGCGAAGUGUACACAACUGCAUCACAGUUUACAUCUCAGUUACUGGAGACCGCCUCCCACGUUCAGGCACCUGUAACGAGUCUAUGUAACACCUUUAUACACGCCCUACUGAUCCGAGAAAAAUCACACAGCUCUGCUCAACUGAUUAAGGAUGAAGAUGACAACGAUGCAUCAGAUGAGGAAGAAAAAGUGACGACAAAUUCCGAUUCAGAAUCCGACAUGGAGGUGGAGGAUAAAGAGGUUUCUAUAUCAAAAACGGACACAUCCUCUAAAGGGAAACAGGACAGACAGAAAAAAGACAUUGUGACAGAACAGAAAUCGUUUGAAAUGCCAAACUUAGACUGGUAUUCCACUGGCCUAAACACAUGAUUCUGGUAAUAAAUUUUAAAGAUGUAUGUGUGAGAAUUUGUUUUUUUUCUCUAGUUUCAGAAGUGAAAUGUAGUUCUCUUUGUUUGUAAGAGAAAGAGAGAUUGUUAUAAUAAACAUACGUAAGUUAGUUCUCUUUGUAACAGAAAGAGAGAUUGUUAUAAUAAACAUGCGUAAGUUAGUUCUCUUUGUAACAGAAAGAGAGAUUGUUAUAAUAAACAUACAUAAGU